AUGAAUCCCGAUGCGUCACCGUUUAUUCCGACAUUUGCGCGUGCCCAAAUCCACCGUCUCACGUACAGCCGUGCGAUGCUGAAGGAGAUAGAGCCGAGCGUCGCUGAUAGCAUUUGUUUCGCGCCCUUAACAGAGGUCCAGCCGACGCUGCGAGUUCCUCUUGACUUUGCCGCCUUGCUAAAACUCCCCCACGCUCUCGAGUUGCUUAACGUCGGGCACGUCGUGUCACUCGUGCAGAGUGGGCAACGGCGUGUCACCGGCCGCGGCCAAUCACCUCGCUGCAUUCAAUGCCAGGAGGGCCCGGAGGCGUGCGCCGGCAUCCGCGAUCUCGUCGCCAGCGCCGUGCGGCGUGCGGCCUCCAGCCGUCUCGGUGCCGCGCUGUUGCAGUCGGGUGACGUUUUGCGGGGGCUGUUGCAGCUGGCGCUCGUGUUUGAGGCGCGGCAGAGUUCGCUGCGGCUCCGCGCGCUGGCGGAGCGGCACCCCAGCGUGGUGGACCGCAUCCGGCAGUAUCUAUGUGGGGAAGGGUACCACCUCCCGCUCCCCAGCGUCACGGCCCAUGAAGAAUGGCAGGCCCUCAACUCUAUGCUAAAGUUCGACUGGGUACGUGACAACCGCACUCGUAUCUUCACGGAGAUCUCUAAACGAUGGAAAAAACGUCACACGCAGUUCGAGCAGUUUGUGCACUUCUUCGAGUUCAGAGAUGAUCGGCCAGUGCACCCUGUGAAGAAUAUGCUCACCCAUUCCGCCAAGCCCGUGCUUGUUUCUGUGUUAUCAGGAGAUGUUCUUGCGGUUGUGCUACUUGCACGACUCGGUUUCUUUGUGCCACCUGAUUACUAUUGGGAUAUAUUCCCGUUCUUUGCCGAGUCGCUUCGGGCUCCGGGCAGCGACGGGCAUAUGUACGAUCUCAUGCGUCAUUUGUGCCUGCAUCUUGCUGAGCGGCAGAAUGCACUCCACGGAGACCUUUUUAACCCUAUUGACCCUCCCCACAGGAAGUGUGAGGACAAAUGCUUCAAACGGCGAGAGUAUUGA